CCUUAAACUAGUUUGAAAAUGUCUUACGAAUACUAUCAAGAAGUUGUUGACGAUUUUGAAAAAUUACUUACAACUGAAAUAGGAUAUGAUGUUAUUAUUUAUGCUGGUGAAAAUGAAAGUAUGAAAGAAUUGUAUGCACAUUCAAAUAUUUUAUGUACAAGAUCACAAUAUUUUCGUACAGCUUUCUCUAAUAAGUGGGCAGAAAAAAAUGAUGGAAAAUUUAUUUUUAAGAAACCUAAUGUUUCUCCCGAAUUUUUUAAAGUUAUUUUGAGAUUUAUUUAUUGUGGAAAGAUUGAUUUGACAAGGUUACAAGGUCCCGAGGUACUAAAACUUUUGAUUGUAGUGGAUGAACUUAAUAUUCAAUCUUUAAUAUCUUGUAUUCAAAAUCAUUUGAUUAAGCAUCAAGAUGAAUUUUUGCAACGGAACCCUAUAGAAAUUCUUGAAACAGUUUAUCAACAUGAAUCAUUUACAGAUUUAUGGAAUUAUUAUCUUGAGAAGAUUUGUGAAGAACCUAAAAUAUUAUUUGAAUCUGAUAAAUUUACCAGUUUAAAUGCACCUUUAUUGAAAUUACUUUUAGAAAGGGAUGAUUUAGGUUUGGACGAAAUUCUUAUUUGGGAUAGUUUACUGAAAUGGGGACUUGCACAUAAUCCUUCUAUUUCACAAGACAUUACAAAAUGGAGUAAAGAGGAUAUUAAAAUUAUGGAGAGAGCUCUUCAUGGAUUUAUUCCAUUAAUAAGAUUUUAUCAUAUUUCUUCAGAUGAUUUUAUUGAAAAGGUAUAUC